CCUCUCUCUCCUUCUCCCUCAGACACCCCCCACACACACACACUCACUCACACGCACACACACCCCGCCCCCAGAGGCUGUGGGCUGCGGCCCGUCCGUGUGGGAGUCUGCACAGUUGUCCCGGGGCGGGGGGAGCAGCACCUGCGGCGGGCGCGCUUGCACCAGCUCAUCUUCAGCCCGAGCUCCCGACAUGAGGCUGCUGCAAACCCUCCUGUGCCUGGCAGGUCUCACAUCCCUGAGGGGCUUCAACCUGGACAUCAACAAGACGUGGCUCACCCCUCCUCCCGGCCAGGGCCCCGAAGUGCGGGAGGUCCUGCUGCAUCAGGACAAGGGCAAGAACCAGACCCGGCUCCUUGUUACUGGGCCCUGGAGAGAACAGGGAGCCGGCCACCUGCACAGCUGCGGGCUCAGCCAGAAGGACCAUAUCCUCUGCCAGCCCCUCAAGCACGCGCCCGCUCCGGGGGGGCCCCAUGCCCAGGUCUCUCUUGCUCAGGGCCCAGACGGCACGUUGGUGGUGUGUGCCCAGGUGAAGAGACGAGGGCGCCCCCGGAGCCUGUUCCCGGAGCUGAACGGGGCCUGUGGCCUUCUGGGGGCAGACCUGGGCCUGCAGAGCAACUUCAGCUUCCCCGCUGAGCCUCUGGGGGAGGGUCUGGGGGGCGGGGCCAACCUCGGGAAAGGGGUGACCCUCGGCGCCCACGCCUUGUUUCCUGAAGAGAGCCCCCCGGGCCGGGCAGCCCUGGAAGCCGCCACCAGAAGCCCCAACCCCAACCGCAACAAGCGGGCCCUGGAGGAGGACGAGGAGGAGCCAGGCACAGAGAUCGCCAUUGUCCUGGACGGGUCCGGAAGCAUAGACCCCCCCGACUUCCAAAAGGCCAAGGACUUCAUCUACAACAUGGUGGAGACCUUCUACGCCAAGUGCUUUAAGUGCCGCUUCGCGCUGGUGCAGUUCGGGGCCGUGAUUCAGACCGAGUUUGACCUGAACUACAGCAGAGACGCCCGCGCCGCGCUCCAGAAGGUCAGGAACAUAAGCCAAGUGAAGGAGACGACCAGGACCGCCUCGGCCAUUCAGCACGUGCUGGACUCCAUCUUCGUCACCAAGCAGGGGUCCCAGAAGAACGCUUCCAAGGUCAUCGUGGUGCUGACGGACGGCGACAUUUUCAACGACACCCGGAACCUGAGCUCGGUCAUCCAGUCUCCUUGCAUGGAGGGCAUCGAGCGCUUCGCCAUCGGGGUCGGAGAUGUCUUCAACAAAACUAAGGCAAACCAGGAGCUGCACCUGAUCGCCUCGGACCCUGACGAGACCCACGUCUUCAAGGUGACGGACUACUCGGCUCUGGACGGACUGCUGGGCAGCCUUGAGCAAAGGAUCAUCAGCGUGGAAGGCGCUGUGGGAGAAGCCUUACAGUUCGAGCUGGCCCAGGUGGGUUUCAGUGCCCACGUCCUGGGCAAGCAGGUCCUGCUGGGAGCUGUGGGGGCCUUUGACUGGUCCGGGGGGGCCAUGCUGUACGACACCGAGAGCCACCAGUUUCGCUUCCUCAAUGAAUCUUCGGAGAACCAGACUGCCCAGUACAGCUACCUGGGCUACUCAGUGGCGGCGGUGAACAGCAGCCGCGGCACCCGGUACCUCGCGGGCGCCCCCCGGCACGGCCACAAAGGAAGGGUGCUCUCGUUCCUGCCGGAGGAUCCGGCCCGAGGCUUCCUCCCCGUCCUGGAGGGAGAGCAGAUGGGCUCCUACUUCGGCUCGGAGCUCUGCGCCCUGGAUGUGAACGCGGAUGGGGUCACGGACCACCUGCUUGUCGGAGCCCCCUUUUAUCACGUCCGCGGGGAAGAGGGCAAGGUGUAUGUGUACCGCGUGCACGCGCAGGGUUUUUCCCCCAGCGCCACCCUGAGCGGCAGGCCCCAGUUUGCCUUUGCGAGGUUCGGGUUCGCAAUAGCCGCCGUAGGAGACCUGAACCAGGACGAGCUGGGCGACGUGGCCAUCGGGGCGCCCCUGGAGGGCUUCCUCUCAGAGGGCUCCUCCAACUUUGGCAGCGUCUACAUCUACAACGGGCUCCCCGAGGGCAUCGCCAGCAGCCCCUCUCAGUGUGUGGAAGCAGCCCGCCUGGCCUCGGGGCUGCAGUAUUUCGGGGUCUCCAUCUCUGGCAGCGGCGACCUCUCGGGAGAUGGCUUGGUGGAUGUCUCCGUGGGCUCUCUGGGCCGGGCGGCCGUGUUGUGCUCCAGAGCCGUGGUCAGGCUGCAGGCCUCCAUGACCUUCACCCCCAGCAUGAUGAGGCCUGGGGACCCCCAGAACAUCAACUCCAAGCUAUGCUUUGAAGCGACCCCGGAGAGGCCCUUGGCCGGGAAAGGGGCCGAGAAGCUGUCUCUGAACGUGACCGUGGAGCUGGACGUGACUGAGCGGUGGAAGCGAGUUCUGUUCGAAGAUCGGAGCCCCAGGAGCCAGCGGGACUGGCUCGUCCCGGGCUGCAGCAACUUCCUGCUCCUCCCGAUGGAGGGAGAGGUCUGUGACCACGACUGCUUCUCCAACAUCACAGUCAAAGUCAGCUACCACUUAAAUCCCCUCGAGAGCCUUGGGGAGGCCCCCCGCCCCGUCCUGGAUGAACUCAGCAAACCCACGGCACAUUUCCAGCUGCCCUUCGAGAAGGACUGCAAGAACCAGUCGGCCUGUGUGGCGGAACUACAGCUGACGGCGCGCCUGUCACCGGAGAACAUAGUGGUGGGGGUCACAAAGGAAGUGACAAUGAACAUUCAUCUCGCCAACGCCGGGGAGGACUCCUUUCUGACCAGAAUGACUCUGGUGCACCCUCCAAACCUACAGCUGAAGAGGAUCCAAAAGCCUUCCUCCCCCGCCAUAGAGUGCGCAGAUCCCACACCCGCCCCCCCUGUCCUGACUAUGAGCUGUAAGAUCGGCCAGACCGUGUUCAAGACGUCACACGUCAACUUUUCAAUAACUUGGCAAUUAGAUGGAAAAACAUUUCCCAGUGAAACAGCAGAAAUUACCAUUAAUGUCACCAAUGCCAACGGUCAGCCCCCAGUGAUUGAGAGACAGAAGCUUCAGGUCAAGUACAUCCUUGUGGUAGCUCUCGAUAAAUCCCUAGUGAUGUACGUGGAUACCAGCCGAGGCCUCCCCGAGUACAAAGAAUUCCAGUUUAACAUCCACGGGGAAAAUCCCUUUGGAGCCAAGUUUGUGUUUGAGGUCUGUGUUCCAGCCAAAAUGCAAGGCCAUGAGAUCAUAACCCUGAAGAACAUAACAGCCACACAGUGCAGCCAGAAGCCAGGAUGCAGGCUCCGCCUCCCAGGAGGGCUUUCCGAGGCGCCGGACCUGCAGUGGCUACAGCUGAGCUGCGCGCUGUCCCAGGUCCCCUCCGCAGUGCGGCUAGGAGCCCAGCUGUCCCCGCAGCUGCCCAGGGCUCCGUGGGUGCUGUGCAUCCCUGCUGAGAUCUCCUUCGACGCAGCCGUGUACGAAAACCAGGGGCCCGUCAGCUCCUUGAGCUCGAAUAUCACUGUCCUGCUGGAGGACCACGGGGUCCACAUCCUGCCCAUCAUCCUGGGAAGCAGCACCGGGGGCAUUCUCCUCCUGAUUGGGAUCAUUGCCAUUCUCUGGAAGUGUGGCUUUUUUAAGAGGAAAUACCAGGCUAUCGCCGCAGAGAGCAGAAGGAACUCCCAGAACCCGGAAAAGCUGAUCCAAGCCGAGAACUAGGGCCCUGCUCCUCCGGACUCAGGGAAGAGGCUCAGCAGCCAGGCCGCGCUAGUGUUGGAUGUUGCCAUUAAGAUUUAACCUUCCCAUAAAACCAUGCUUCUCCUUUGACCUAGAAAUACUAUUGCUAGCUCUGGAUCCCCAAAGAAGGUUUUUUUAAAGGGAAAAAAAUUCUGUACGUACAAAAAUAUUCAUAGCAUCUCUUUUCUGGUGGUAAAGAGUUGGAAAUUGAGGGGGCAGCUGGGUGGCGCAGUGGCUAGAGCCCCAGCCCUGAAGUCAGGAGGACCUGAGGUCAAAUCUGAUCUCAGACACUUCACACUUCCUAGCUGUGUGACCCUGGACAAGUCACUUAACCCCAAUUGCCUCAGGAAAAAAAAAUAAAAAUAAAAUUGGAAAUUCCACCAGUUGUGGAAUGGCUGAAUAACUUAGGAUAUGGGAGUAUAAUGGGACACUCUUGUGAUGAUUUAAAAACCUGACAAGACUCCCAUGAACCAGGAAACCACUGCGCACAGUAACAGCAAUGUUGUGCAAUGAUCAGCUAUGAUAGACUCAGCUCUUCUCAGCAAUACAGUCACUCAAAACCAUUCCGAAGGAUUCCUGAGGAAACCUGUUCUCUGCCCCCAGAGAAAGAACUGAUGUCAUUUGAAUACAGAUCCGAGCAGACCUUUUAACCUUCCUUCCUUUUUUAAAACCUGUUUUUUACAACGUGACUAAUAUGGAAAUAUGUUUUGCAUACCUAUAUAUAUAUAAAACCUAUAUCAAAUUGCUUCCUUAGUGGGGAGGGGAGGAAGGGAGGGAGAAUUUGGGAUCCAAAAAUUUCAAAACAAAGGAUGAAAAUUGUUUAUGCGUAAUUGAGGGGAAAUAAAAUAUUAUUUUUUAAAAAAAGAUUUAACUUUCUAUGAAAUACUUGAGAUUCAGCCUGUCAAGACAACCCCAGGAACUACAGGAACACGAUUACCAAACGCUUUUCACAAAAGAGACGCUUAAAGAGUUGGGGCCGUGUUCAUCGUUCGUGGGUAAACAGAGCCAGUAUAAUAAAAAUGACAAUUCUACCCAAAUAAACUUAUUCAGUGCCAUA